UGCGAGGUAGGUGAUCACCCCGAUCCAUCUCCUAUUCUCCCGCCCCGCCCGCGCUCACUUCGCGCGCCACUACCACUCCGCUGCUAAUCCGAUCCUACAGGUAGCCCAGGCGCGGCGCGGCCCGGUCCUCCCUCCUAAUCCUACCGCUCCGCCGCAGGUGCGAGGUGGUUGGCGGCCGCUUACCCGAACCGGGCGCCGUGCGCGCGCGCCAGGCGCGCGUGGUCAAGCCAAACGCUGCCCACCGCCGCGGCCUCAGCCUAUAUCCUCGCGCACGUCCUCUCUCGUCUCUGCACCCGCUUUCCUUCCUUGGACUCAUCGUAAGUCUUAGCUCGGUCAGGACUACCGCCAACGCGCCGAUGGUGACGAUGCCGGCGGCGCCGCCGCGCGCGCGGCGGUCCGUGGUGGCGGAGCUGGAGGGCGCGCUGCUCCGGGGCGCGGACACGUUCCCCUACUUCAUGCUCGUGGCGUUCGAGGCGUCGGGCCUGCCGCGCUUCGCGGCGCUGCUGGCGCUGUGGCCCCUGCUGCGGCUGCUGGAGCUGGCCGGCCGGGGCGGCCUGGCGCUGCGCGUCGCCGCGCUCGUGGCCACCGCGGGGGUGUCCCGGGCCGAGGUGGAGGCCGUGUCCCGCGCCGUGCUGCCCAAGUUCAUGGCCGACGACGUCGACCCGCGCGCCUGGGCGGCCUUCGGGGCCUGCGAGGGGAGGCGCGUCGUCGUCGCCACGCGGCUGCCGCGCGUCAUGGUGGAGCGCUUCGCCAGGGAGCACCUCGGCGCGCACGAGGUGGUCGGGUGCGACCUCGAGUACAGCCGGCUCAGGCGGUGCACGGGGCUCCUCAGGGGCGGCGGAGGCGAGGCCGUCGCGGGCCGCGUCCGCGCGCUCUUCGCCGGCGGCGACCGCCCGGACCUCGGCAUCGGCCGGUCAGAGAUGGCGCGCUCCUUCUUGCCACUCUGCAAGGUACGGCACCGAUCAUCGUCCAAGGUUUCACAUGGCAAUAGCUCCGCCGCCGCGCCGCCGUUCCGGCCGGUCAUCUUCCACGACGGGCGCCUCGUGUGCCGUCCCACGGCGCUCAUGUCCCUCGUCAUCCUCCUCUGGCUGCCCCUCGGCGCGCUGGUCGCCUUCGUCCGCAUCGCCGUCGGCCUCAUGGUGCCCAUCUGGACCAUCCCCUACAUCGCGCCCAUCUUCGGCGGCGCGGUGAUCACGCACGGCCGCGCGCCUCCCCCCGUCCGCCGCGGCAGCGACGCCGCCGUGGAGGACAGCGGCGGCUCGCCCUCGGGCGUGCUCUUCGUCUGCACGCACCGCACGCUCAUGGACCCCGUGGUCCUGGCCACCGUGCUCGGGCGCCGCGUGGCCGCCGUGACCUACUCCAUCUCCCGCCUGUCGGAGGUCCUGUCCCCGAUCCCGACGGUGCGGCUGACGCGCGACCGGGGCGUGGACGCGGCGCGGAUUCGCGCGGAGCUGGCCCGGGGCGACGUGGCCGUGUGCCCCGAGGGCACCACCUGCCGGGAGCCCUUCCUGCUCCGCUUCUCGGCGCUGUUCGCGGAGCUCAGCGACCGGAUCGUGCCGGUGGCGAUGAACUACCGGGUGGGGCUCUUCCACCCGACGACGGCGCGCGGGUGGAAGGCCAUGGACCCCAUCUUCUUCUUCAUGAACCCGCGGCCCGUGUACGAGGUGACGUUCCUGAACCAGCUCCCCGCGGAGGCGACGUGCGCGGCGGGGAAGAGCCCCGUGGACGUGGCCAACUACGUGCAGCGGAUACUCGCCGCCACGCUCGGGUUCGAGUGCACCAGCCUCACGCGCAAGGACAAGUACAGGGUGCUCGCCGGGAACGACGGCAUCGUCACCGCCGCCAAGCCGGCGGCGCUCGGGAAGGCGGCGUGGCAGAGCCGCGUCAAGGAGGUCCUCGGCUUCCUGCUCCACUAACCACUAUAGUUGCAGAGAGAGACGCCACGUAGCUCUGGUCAAAUACUCGAUCCGCUCACCAAUUUCAAUGAGUUAUUAUACACUUUAUACAUGUACGUAUAGUCACGUAAAGAAUGCACUCCUAGCAAAAAAUAUAGUUUUUAGCUUUUUCUUACACACGAAAUUUGCACCGUAUUGCAUGCUCUUUUCAUUUUACUUUAAUCUGUAAAUGUUUUUGGCAAAUUCUACUGGUUGUAAGUAAAGAUCAGAUUGCUCCCUCAUCAA